GUACUAUGAUAAUACACGUACGCGAAUGAUAACGUAAGAUGAAAAACAAAGACGAUUUUAUAUAAAUGUGGCUGUUUGGUGCUUGUUUAGGACGAUUUUGUCGACGUUCGUUUAACUCCGCCCGACUACUGUCGUAAACAACCUCACUGAAGUUUCUCAAUAAAUGGGUAUAUUGUUUCUAAGACACAUACGAUGGGCUUAACAUUGUCAACAGUUUUCACCCGUUUGUUCGGUAAAAAGCAAAUGCGCAUACUGAUGGUUGGUUUGGAUGCAGCCGGUAAAACUACCAUACUUUACAAGCUAAAACUCGGUGAAAUCAUCACAACCAUACCAACAAUAGGAUUCAAUGUUGAGACUGUUGAAUACAAAAAUAUUGCAUUCACAGUUUGGGAUGUGGGUGGCCAAGAUAAAAUCCGUCCUUUGUGGCGGCACUACUUCCAAAACACCCAGGGACUGAUAUUUGUUGUAGAUUCUAACGAUCGAGAAAGAGUAGCAGAAGCAGAACGAGAGCUACACAAUAUGUUGCAAGAAGACGACCUCAGAGAUGCUGUUUUGUUAGUAUUUGCGAACAAACAAGAUCUUCCUAACGCAAUGAAUGUAUCAGAUCUCACAAAUAAACUUGGACUGAAUCAACUGAGCCAGAGGAAGUGGUAUAUUCAAUCUACGUGUGCAACUCAAGGCAAUGGUUUAUAUGAAGGAUUGGAUUGGCUGUCAAAUGAACUAGCCAAAUAAAAUACAGCACGUUGUGCCAACUGUAACAUCCUUUAAUUAUUCGUUAAGAUUAAUUCAUUUAUAGGUUUGAUCUUAAGAAUUUUAAAUAUUUUAUUAUUAUUUAUUCAUUUCCUUGUUUCGAAGGAUAUUAUUUUAAUAUUGGGAUAAUAUAUAGUACAGCAUUUAAUAAAUAAGUAUAAAUCAUAUGAAUGGUGUAAAAUGUUAACAUGUAAAAAUUAUAACACUAAAACAAAAAAAUAUUAAAACAUGAGAAA